AUGGCUCCGAACCCGUCAGCCUCGGCGCGUACACCAUUGAAAAUCCUCAUGCUACACGGCUACACCCAGUCUGGCACCCUGUUCCACGCAAAGAGCCGCGCUCUGAUCAAGCACAUCCAAAAGGCGUUUCCACUCCACGAGGUCUUGGCAAUCUACCCGACUGCCCCCCUGCGCCUGAGGCCGAGCGAUAUCCCCGGCUACGAGCCGUCCGAGAAUAAUGACACGGAGGAGAUCGAAUCGUAUGGCUGGUUCCGCCGAUCCAACACAGCCAACCCGCCUCUCUACCAAGGACUAGAGGAGGGCAUUGCGGCCGUGGCCAAAGUGCUCUCCGAGGAGGGGCCCUUCGACGGCGUGAUUGGGUUCUCGCAAGGCGCUGCCAUGGCGGGUAUGGUCGCCGCGUUAUUGGAGAAUGGACGGAAAGCAGCCUUUGGAGAGUUUGAGAAGGAGGUGUCCGAGGGAGCUGGAGGGGUACCUUUCCCUGCGUCCUUUGCUGCACCUGGGUUCCAGCACCCGCCAUUCAAGUUCGCCAUUGCAUACAGUGGGUUCCGGUCUCCGGGGCCACGGUACAGGGCUUUCUACGAGAGCCCGCCCAUUCAAACGCCAGUGUUGCAUGUCCUGGGGUCAUUGGAUGCGGUUGUGGAAGAGUCGAGGAGUCGGGCAUUGAUUGAUGCUUGUGCGGGUGACCCGGAGAAGGACGGCUUGGUGGUCUGGCACCCGGGUGGUCACUUCUUGCCUAGCCAGCGGCCAUAUCUGGACGCGGCAGUGCGAUUUAUCCGAGAACAGUUGGAUAAGAGCAAUGGCAAUGGAAAGCCAAAGGAGGAGGAAGAUGUGAAUGAUAUGGAUGUGCCAUUUUAG